AUGCUUAAUACAAGUAUCGAAAUUUGUUCUAAUAUUUUGAAUUAUAACACUACAUUACAUAUAUCAUAUAUCGUUUGGCAUACAUGUGGUUUGUUAUGUACUAUGUUUGGUAUACCUGGUCAUUUAUUUCAAAUAUUAAUUAUGUUAAAUAAAACCAAUCGUAAAGAAUCAACAUCAUUAUAUGUUAUAGCUAUUGCUAUAUUUGAAUUGAUAUUUCUUGUUGAUAUCUUUUGGUUAUGGUGUGUUGGAAUGUCUAUAAUUAAAAUUGAUCUUCGACAAAUAUUAUCUUGUGGUAUAUUCUAUAAUAUUCUUAUUGGUCCAACAAUAUUAUCAAAUUUAUAUUUAGCAUCAAUAUCUAUCGAUCGAACUUUCAUGAUACUUUAUCCUACUCGUUAUCGUCUUCUAAUUACUCGACGUCAUGUUCUCAUACGUAUAUUUUUAAUUCUUAUCAUAGUUAUUUUAUUUAUGAUUCCACAUCAUUUUUAUUUUCAUUAUAAUAAAAAAACAACAAUAUUUAUAUGUGAAUUUGAUACAGUUAUUAAACCUUGGAGAAUCCGUAUAUGGACAUUUUUACAUGCUUUAUUAUUUGUUUCAUUACCAUCAAUAAUAACAUGUAUAUCAUCAGUAAUUUUAUUACACAAUCGUUGUAAUCAAAGAAAAAUAACUAAAAAUAAAUCAAGUGAAACUGCACGUCGUAUGAAAAGAAAUUCUAUACUAAUAUUUUUUAUUUCAAUAUUUAUUUUAUUUUCUUUAUUACCAACUGUUAUACUAGAAAUCUUUAUUGUACAUGAUCGUCUUUUUAGUCAUGAUAUAUUUUGCUCAAUAAGAUGGCAACAAUAUAAAAUUUUACUCAAUUGGUUUUUGACACUUUCAGCUUUGAAUUAUUCAUCUAAAUUUUAUGUUCGUCUAAUUAUAUCGAAAACAUUCAGAAGAGAUUUUAUUAAAUUAAUUAAUUUCAUUUCUCUACGACAACAAAAGAACAAUGAACAAAAUUCACUUGCACUUAAUAAUUCAAAUACACUAAAAAAUAUUGAAACUUAA